CAGUAAUUUAUAUCUCUAGUCAUGCACGGACAUGCGCAUUCAUUGAUCAUAUGGACAACUUGAUGUGUCUCGCACCUAAUCAAUGGAAUCCAUCUUAAUCCCCAUUCGUCUAAAUAUCUGUCAUCGGCUUUCCUAACUCCAUCACCUCUUAUCUAGCUCAAAAUGAACAAAGAAAUCUUUGACCUCCUCCUCGAAUUAGCAAGCUUACCGCCGGCUUCUUUCGCUUCUUCUGAAACACCAAUCUCAAACUUGUUCCUUCAAAAGCGAACAUCAAGGGGAUCCAUCAUUUCAAAAAUACCACUUGUGGCUUGGGCAAUCGUAACCGGAGAGCCACUAUUACCUUCAUCAACGUCUUUUGUACCACAAGAAGAAACUCUCACAAAAGCUAUAUCACGAAUGACAGACAGGUACUAUGACUCUCCCGACAUAUUUAGGCCACAAGACACAUUGGAAAGAUGGCUGUACAUUUUAGAAGAUAUCGAUGUUGUGGGAAAUAUAGAUGAAGAAAUGUUUUAUUUCGCUGAACAUUUUGACAAGUUUCAACUUGGCGAUUAUGAGACAGGAAUGAGACUUUGGAGAGCAAUGGAAGGGAGCAUUAUGGACGCAUUGAGUUUGGCAACUUUAUGGCUUCAUUAUUUUUUCAUCUUUGCUGUACCGCACAAAGAGAAAUAUAGAUCGUUUCCAGGUAUUUGUGAACCACGCUUAUCGACUGAAAAGAUGGUUAUUCUAGCUAUGAAUGAUAUCGAACAAAAGUCAAAUUGGCAGCAAAAGCUACAAGAUGAAACAAUUGUGGCUAAUUGGCGCCAAGAAUGUUUCACACAGGGAUUUACUACGUCAAUGUUUGAUUGGAUGAUGAAGGCAUUACACUUUAAAGCCAAAAGCAAGGAAGAAAAAACGGGUGUUCAAAUGUCUCCUCCGCCUUCGGUCUUUCAUUCGGAUGCGCUCAUUGACGAAAAUCUACAGUCUAGACUCAACAAAGGUUUUUGCGAGCUCAUGAAGGUUAAUAAAAGAUUUUAUGACUGGCAUCCUGGCUCCAAGCAAAUGGUACUUGACCUUGUGCAUCCUUCGAUGUACUGCUUGGCACUCGGUCGAUCUCAUCUAGGGCAAAUUUCAAACGAGUCAACCGAUCCCCUUGCGUUGGCCAAAGAAUUUCUUUUAUGGUACAAAGGCUCUGAAUCGGAUCUUCCUCUAACUCUUUUCAAUAAAGUAACAAAAACAUUCAGCAGUACUGGUAGUACUGUAGCCCACCCUAUCUGCAUUUCGUACGGGGUUCGAAUGGCGCUCCAAUUACCAGACCUUUCCAAUAAAGUAGUCGAACACCAGUAUCAAUGGUUGCCAGCAGACGUUCGCAUCGUUGCAGAUGGCAAGGCAAAAAUACUGUCCUACAUCAAUUCUCUGAAACAAUCACAACUCUACUCACCUCUUCAAGAUUUGGUGUCCGCAUUCAUUCCAAUGUUUGAGCGGGUUUUGACGUUUCAAGAAGAUGAGAUUUUAAGAAAUGAAGUUCACGGAUCCGGUCAUCUUGCAGAUUUCAGACCCGAAAACUUUGAGAAUACAGCACCAGAUCAAUUCUUCGAUUUGAAAUCCAUAGAAGAAUUUCAAGAAUGGAAAGAAGAUCGUUUGAAAGAAGGAAAAGAUAUUCCCCCCUGUCCGCCUCCAGAAGAUGAAGAUUAUGACGACGAAUAUGAACAGGAACAAAGGCACUGGCACUCUGUACGGACGUUCGUGCCGCCCGAAGUGACUCCAUUCAAAGCGCCCGAUUUAGAAGACGUGAAAUGGACAAAAUUGCAAGACAAAACAAUUCAGAUUAUCUUCAAAUUGGCAAGUGUUGAGCUCACACCGGAAAAACCAGAAUAUGAUGGUGGUGUAUGGCAUGUAGAAGGAACCUAUUCGGAACAAAUUUGUGCUACAGGUAUAUAUUAUUUAGACAGUGAGAAUAUCACCGAUCCAACGUUGCAAUUUCGUCAAAGGAUCGAAGGAAAUACAUUGCCCGAAUGGAAUUACGAACAAGACCAAUUUGAACCAAUGAACAGGUUGUUUGGUCAUGUACAAAGAGGGGACGAUAGCGUACAAAGUAUGUAUGUUCAACUAGGUCAUCUUUCAACCCCUUCGAAACGUGCAAUCGUUUUUCCAAAUACGAUGCAACAUAAACUUUCACCUUUCAAGCUGAUUAAUCCAACAAAACCUGGUCAUAGACGAAUGAUUGUUAUGUUUUUAGUCGAUCCCGAUUGUAGGAUCACUAGUACGGCAGAAAUUGCACAACAACAAUGCAACGAACGUGAAGCAGCUUUUGCAUUUGGAACAACUGUUGAUGAAUUACCGAAUAUUCAACUUGGUAAUUUGACUUUUGACAUUUCCGAUUUAAUUAUGAGAGAAGUUUUGGGAAAAUCAAAAGAAGCUUUCGAAGAAUUCAAAAAGAUUGAGCAAAGAAAGAAGGAAGCAAUGGGGAAGAAAAGACAGCAAAUCCUAGAUGGAGAAGAAUCCGAACAGUGGCUAAAAGAUCGAGAAGUUGUUAGCUUUUCAGCACCGAUGACCUACGAAGAAGCAUGCUGGCAUCGAGCAAGAUUGAUGCAGCAAAGAAGUCAAAUCAUGGAAGAAUUUGUGCAAGAAGAUGAUGAAGAAGGCUGGAAUCUAUGCGAACACUAAAUGUUGAAAAAGUGACUGUCUCAGAGGUUCAUCACUACAAUAUCAUAAUGUAUAUUUCUCAUCAAUUAAGUACAGCGAACAUGUUUCAUUUAUUACCAUGAAAGAGCGGGGAAAUUGUCAUUUGCCAAAAGCGCGAUUAAAAUUUGACUGGUGUGUUUUAGAUGUUUCAAUGACGGGGCGGUGAAGCGGUAAUGCUGAAA